AUGCCAGCUCAAAGCACCAACGCGUCCCUGGGCUCAUUGCCAAAUGAGCUCAAACGCAUGAUUGCGGGCUUCGUCCACACCAACGAGAUUUCCAACUGCAGCAGCUCCUCGGUGGGCCAACUGUCGCUCGUCAAUCGCUGCUUUCGGGCUCUGACCGUCGAGUUCGUGUUCGGAAGAAUUGAGAUACAGACGACAGAGGACCGCCUCCAUCACCGCGUGAAGGCCAUCGCCAAGAGAGAGGUGAUCAAGAAAAACGUCAGGUUCUUGACCCUUACUGUUGAUUCCUCCAAGCAGAGUGGAUUCACACUCCCCCCUCAAGUCCCAGCUCAAAUUGCUGCGGUUUGCAAACAGAUGGUGAAGCUCGAAGAGAUGAUGCUAAUGCUGUUGCUGCCUGGAUCUGGCCCUACGUCGCUGGCUGGUCGCCUCCGCCAUCAGCUCCGGUUCCAAAACGUCCGCCUUCCAAAGGUUAAGGCUCUCGUCAUUUGCGCAGUUGUAACGUCUGUCACGUUCAUUCCGGGCGUGUUCCCCAACCUCGAGACCUUGUCUCUGGACGUACACGUGGCGUUCGACCAGAUACCCGAGCUGCUCGAAGUCGGCAACGCCCUAACGAACCUCACUACCUUGCGCGUCGCGAAGCAAGCUUGGUCAGAGGCUGACCUCCCACUCCUUGCCCGUGCUAGCCCGAAGAUCAAGUACCUCCUUUUGGAGGGCGGACUCGACAACGUGGCUGUUUCAAUCCUGGCUCCAAAUUUUAGACGGUUCAAAGAGUUAAGCUGCUUGGUCUUGACCACGGAGCAAGAUUGCGGAGUUCCAGAUAGCGCUAGUCUUGACGACGAGGAGUGCGAAAUGGCAAACAUGUUCGAAGUUGAGAACCAUCCGCUCAACGAGGAGCACGAAGAUAAUGCUCGAGGCCUGGCUCAAAACUGCCCGAAGCUGCUCGAAGUGACCUUGAUCAGGCAAUGGUAUGCUCAGCGUUUUGGUGUCGAACUAAGAUUCCCCAAUAUCACCAGGCCUGAUGUGUACGUCAUCUCGAUCUAUGGUCCGGAUGACACCCAGCCCGAAUACUGGAAAGCCGGUGUAUGGCCGAGGACCACCAACCUGUGCUAG